AUGGAACAAGGGGAUGGUACUCGAGUUAGUAACCAUCAACCACCACCACCUCGUUUCCGUCAACGAGGUCAGGAAUAUGAUGAAUAUGUACCACGAAAAAAAAUUCAUGGUCAACGCCCUGUUGAUUUCUAUUCUUCUGCUAUUCGACAUGUGACGACGCGUCUCUUACAUCAUAACACCCCGUAUGGGUAUCAUGUAGAUCCACAUCCCUAUUAUUCGAAAGAUAUGUUACCUGCUGCACAGACCCCAUUUAACCCAAGUACAGCUUUAUGUACACAAUGGGUUAACACAUCAUUUCACCCUGAUACACGUGGAGGACACACCCGUGUACCACUUAUGAAUUUAAAAUGGGCACCAAAUGGACGUCGUCUUUUGUGUUCUACUGGUCGUGGUGAAUUUCUUCUUUUCAAUGGACAUACAUUUGGUGUGGAAGUUAAAACGGUGGCACAUGAAGAUCAUCGUCCUUGUCGAGCCAUAACAUGGGGGACUAGGAGUGAUUUGAUCAUCAGUGGUGAUGAUGCAGGUAUGGUAAAACUAUGGUUAUCUAACUUUGUGCUUGUCGCUGAGUUUAACUCCCAUCAUCGUGCCGUCCGUGAGGUGACGUGGGCCCCGUUAGAAGGCAAGUUCUGCAGCUGCGGCCAGGACGGCUCUGCACGGGUGUGGGACACCAACGCCGUUGGCUCCAAUCCCCAGCAGGCGCGGGAAGAAGUGAAGUUGGAGGGCCACGGCGGGGAUGUGGUGACGGUGGAUUGGCACCCGUUCCACUCCCUCAUCCUCACAGGGAGUCAAGACCGGGAUUGUCGGCUCUGGGACCCGCGCACCGCCGCACGCGGGAGUAUUGCCGCCUUGCAGGGACACUCACAGUCUGUCAAUUGUGUGCGCUGGAACCCGAAUGGAACGACACUUAUUUCCGCAUCAAAAGAUUGUACGGUGAAACUUUGGGAUAUUCGAAUGGUGCGUGAAAUGGUCUCGUAUGAGGCGCACUCAAAGUCAGUGGAACGCGUGGAGUGGCAUCCACAUGUGCCGGAUUUAUUUGUUAGUGCCGGGGCGGAUGGAAGUCUUAUGUACUGGAUAUUAGAUGCAUGUGAGGGAACUCCGCGGCAGGAUGGAGUGAAUGUUGUUAUUCACGAAGCUGCAGUUGUGGAAAAUGCACAUGAUCGUUUUAGAGAUGUUGCCAAUCCAAUAAAUGCCAUUGCGUGGAGUCCCUUGGGAAAUCUUCUCGCCUCCUGUUCAGCAGAGGUGAAGUAUUGGCAUCGCAACAAACCUGGUGCAUUAGAGGAGAAGGAACGUGGUGAAGAAGAUGACGUCUUUGACGUGGAUGAACAACUGUAA